UGAUUGCAAUGCAGCUGAAGCAGCAGCAAUAAAGUUAGUCCAAAUAUAGUUAGUAUAUGUGUACAUAAAUAAAUCAAACACUCGAACUGGGCGUCUGUCUCACUGUCGUGUUCACAGUCUCAAAGUCGCCCACAAUCAACAAGUUUUAAUUACUGCCAAACGAUAAUAAUAACAACAGCGACAACAAGAACAUCGAUAACCUCAACCCAUCAUCGACUGUUUAUGGUUAUGGUCACUCUCAGCUGCUGCUGCUACUGUUGCUGGAGGUGACCUUGUCAAUCGAUUGGCACAACAACAAUUAUUAUGGCAAAUAAUACGUUUUGUUUUAACUGUGACAAAUGUCAUGGCUAAUUAAGUGUUAUUAUUUCUGGUCAAUUUUAUGGUCACAAUUCAACAUAUCGAAACAAAGCUGACUUCCUUGAAUGCAUAUCUGGUCACUCUCUAAGCUAAAAGGAGUUCACACACACACAGGUGCAGGUCACAAAAAGCUGCCAUAGACAAUUGCACUAUACAGAGGAAGAAAGAGAAAAGCGGAGCAAAAGUCAAAAGUAGAGUAAAUUUGUUGCGGCACAAUGGGGCACGUGUCGCAAGCAGCAGCAAGUGGAGCUGAAAGGAGGCGACAACAGUGUGCGGUUAGCUAGCUUUAGCUUCUCUUCUUGUGUCAAAAGGGGAGCAACACUAAAGGUGGCAAUGACAUACACACUAAUAUAUACAUUCAUACAUACACGCAUACAUAUGCAAGCAAAGCUCAAGCAAGAAGGAAUGAGAAGAAACAGGUAGGCACAAGUUGAGUGCACUCACAAAUACAUAUGUAUACAGACGAAGAAGCAAUCGAAAUGCAUUUGAAUUGAGCAGCGAACAGCAUGCGCUGAUUGCUGCCUAUGUGUGAGUGUGUGUGUGGGUGAGAUGUACAGUGGAUCAAAGCUUAUUUAAUCAAAUUUGAAGUAUUAUGCUCGCCAAACUAAGAGAGCUAGUAAGAUAAUUCAAAUGCAAGCUUUUAAUGCAAUGCUUAAACUUAAAAUAUAACACUUAAUUUAUUUUUUAACAUUUUUUUGUUUUUAAAUAUGCUGGUAUCCACUGUAAGUGCAAAAAAGGUAGUCAAAUAAAAAGGGCACAACCAAAAAAAAAUAUAUGUAUGUAUGUACAUACAUUUACAUAUACAUACAUAUACAUGUGCAUGCAUAUAUAUAAAAAGGGCAGAGCACUUGCCACACAAAACGAUUUACACGACACUAAAGCUAAAAACAGGCGCACGCCACUAUAAAAAAAAGAAAGGAAAGAGGAGCGAGCUGAGGUGAGAGAACGACGUCAUGACUGAGAACAGCAGCUACAACAAAAACAACGACACAAAUAAGAAGAGGAGGCGCGUUAAGGCCGCGCCAGGUACUUUUUUACGGGGCUACUGUUCAAAUUUGCAUAUGCUUUAAAUAUUUAAUGUAAUUCAAAAAAGAGAGGAGACAAGUAUCACAACCCAAGGCAGCUUCACUUUCAGCUCCAACAAGAACACCAACAACAACGCACAAUGUGCCAAUUGGACAAACAGCGGCGCGCAGCUGUAUAAUUCAAUUGUUUUUUUUUAUAAACGGGCUGCUGGUCAGAAAAAUGCAAGCAAGGCGAAAUAUACAAUACAAAUACAAAUUCUCAGCCAAAUGGAAAAAAAACGUUCGCGCAUUUGGCGAAAAAAUCAAUUUUCCGUGUGAUUGCCAAAUGCAAUUGCUGCCUGCCCUGUGUGACUAACAACACACCAAGCCGCCACAUAGAAUGGGGCCCAACAACACACACACACAUCACAAAGAAAAGAAAAAUAAUAUAGCAGAAAACUUCUUAUUGGGUGGCCCUGGGACAGACACGAGUUUACGCCAGCCCUGGCUUACAGCUGGCUUUCGACUUACGCAGCGUUUUGUGGCCUUUUUUUAACGUAAGUUUCACUGUUAAUUAUUGACAUAACAAAUGCGGCGCCUAGAACAAGAACACGAGCUGAUGACGGCAACAACACCAGAGGCUCCAAUCAGGACUCACACACACGUUUGCACGCGGAGAAUAAACGAGAGAAAGGCACACGCGAAAUUGCUCACAUUAACUUGUCGAAGUAAAUGGGCAGUCAAAAAGCAAAUAAAGAAUAUGAAACUAGCUUCUAAUUUAAAAAAAAAAAAUUCUCGUCCUUUUUGUUUUGUGUGCAAUAUUCCAUUCUCUACGUGGUAGCCAAAUGUAAAUCGAAAUGAAAUGAAUGAAACUGGUUGCCCCACUCUUUUCUCCUCUUGUAACUGUCGGUCGGCACAGCAGGCUACGCAUACACGCACGAUAAAAAUCGCACUCUCCCACGCAAGAACGAAGCACAGCACAAAUCACAUGUUUCAGACUUUCACUCAUACAGGGUGCGUUCAGCAGUUUCAGGACGACAGGACCUUACUCAUUUGUAUAUGCUUUUAGCAGCCAGUUUAGCCAAAUCAUAUUGAGUGUGGCAAACGUUUCGUGGCCAAAUGAACAACAGUCUGAAUUGGACAGGCAAAGCAGUCAGACGACGUCGUCUCCAAGGGCGCUGGGUAAAUUUUGUUUAAUCGGCGACUCAUAUUGAAAGUAAAAUGGACGACAAUGGGAUUCCUUAUGCCAUGGAUCCCAAGGAAGCGUGGCUGGAAAAGAUAACAUUCGGUGGAUUCCGUCGCUGGCAUAUUAUAGCUGCAGUGCUGGGCAUACUGAUGAGUAUUAUGAUUAUGGUCUGUUGCUGCAUAAGAUUUCGUAUACCUCGCACUAAACAGGAAAUCGAAGCGGAUUAUCAACGGAAACAGAUCACCAAAAAGUUUCGCGAGAAACUGCAACAGAUUAAAAACUCCGAAAUGGAUGACAUGGAUCUGCAAAAAGUUUGCGUGCGCAUACAAAGCGAUUACCUGAAUUUGGAGGCCAGCAGAGAGAGCAUGAACGAGAAGCAGAAUGUUAAAUUUAAGAUCUAAUAAACUACUUUAAAAAUAAUAAUUAUAAUAAUAAAAGUCGGCAAACAAUGUAUAAAUAUUUGAUUUGUGUCAGUUUAUUGCAGUUUUGCAGUUUUUGAAAUCAGUAUUGAUGUAUCAAAGAUUUGAAUUUUAGUUUCUUUUCGUUUUUGCUUGUUAUUUAUUUUUUUGUUUCUUUCUCUUUUCGUUUUCCAAUUUAAUUCUCUACACAUACGGGCUAGUUAAAGUAUCCGGUGUGUGGGCAGCAUUACGACGAUUGCGACAUUAACAGUUUGUUAUGUUUAUGACAUUUACUUAUAUUUUCACUUAGACUUUAGGUAUUAGUAAAAAGGUUUUUUUCUUGACAAUUCUUUAGGUUUUUGAUAUACAUAAUAUGUACGCUGACUCUCUGACUCUGUCGGCAAUGACUGUAACAAAUUUAUUUGUGGCUGACUUGCUGAUUCUGAUUGUGUUGUUCUGUAUAAUUUAUUUGUUUUUUUUUUUUUUAUUUCUAUUUAUGUUUCUGUUUCUAGCUCUGGGCGCUGACUCGACGAACACACACAAUUUAAUUAUUAUAUAUUUUAACGCGUAAC